CCCGUCUGUUUCAUUACUUUCUCUGCUUUCUUCAAUUCCAUCACUGUUAUUUUUACUUUCAAUUUCUUCUUUUAUCAUUUUUAUCUCUCAGAUUUGUGCUCGAUCUAUCUCUUCAUCUUUCAGCCAUGGCUGAAAAGGAGACAAAAAUGAGGCUCAAGGUUGAUCUCCAGUGUGAGAAAUGCUACAAGAAGGUCAAGAAGGUUCUGUGUAAAUUCCCUCAAAUUCAAGACCAGGUUUUCGAUGAGAAGCAGAACAUUGUGACGAUUAAAGUGGUGUGCUGUAACCCAGAGAAGAUUAGGGAUCAGCUUUGCUGUAAAGGAUGUGGCGCCAUCAAGAGCAUCGAAAUUGUCGAACCGCAAAAGCCAACCAAACCGCAGCCGGAGCAGCCGAAGAAAAAGACAACCACACCGCAGCCCGAGCAGCCGAAGGAAAAGCCAACCACACCGCCGCAGAAGCCAACCACGCCGCCGCCGCCGCCGCCUUCAAGUAGAACGUGUUGUGUUCCGUGCAAUGAAGGCCAGCAUGAUGGGCCAUGCUUUAAGCCCGAGUCACUGAUUCCACAUAGAACGUGUUGUGUUCCGUGCCAUGAAGGCCGACGAUGUGGGCCAUGCUUUCAGUGUUAUGGUCCGGCCAAGUCGGUACCACCGGUAACAGGUAAAACGUGUUGUGCUUCAUGCAAUGAAGGCCGGCCUGGUGGGCCAUGCUUUGAGGAUUAUUGUAGGCUUCCACCAUGUUAUGGAGGGUAUUUUUAUGCUAGACCUGUUUAUGAUAGCUAUGGUGGCGAACAACCUUGCUACGCGAGCCGUUGUGGUCAAUACGUCAACGAAGAUAACGUCACAGGGUGCACAAUAAUGUGAGCUACAGGCUCAUUAUUGAUGUGGCCUUGCAUGGAGAAUAAUGAGUCAUGAUAUAUUGCUAUAUAGAGUUACAUAUGCGUGUGUUUUCUUUGUUUAAUCAAAUUUAUGAGUUCUUGUAUGGAUCCUCGUAUGAGUCUAAUCAAAUUUAUGUUAUUUGCUUUUGUAAUAAUAAAAAUAAUUGUUAACAGUGGUUCAUAUAUGAGAGGGAAAAUGCGGGUCACAAAAAUAGGGUUAAUUAAAGUUGUUUAUAUAUGUUUUAUAUUUUUCUGAAUAAAUAAAGCAUUUUG